GUGCUUUGUUUUAAAUUCCAGGUCCAGCCUCGGCCGCUCAGCCCCGAUCGAGGCUUUUACCGCAGCCUGAGCUCAUCAUGAAGGCCAUUGAUGAGCCUCCCUAUCUCACAGUGGGCACUGAUGUGAGUGCCAAGUAUAGAGGAGCCUUCUGUGAAGCCAAGAUCAAGACGGCAAAAAGACUUGUCAAAGUCAAGGUAACAUUUAGACAUGAUUCUUCAACGGUGGAAGUACAGGAUGACCACAUAAAGGGUCCCUUAAAGGUAGGAACUGUUGUAGAAGUGAAGAAUCCAGAUGGAACUUACCAGGAAGCAGUUAUCAACAAGUUAACAGAUGCAAGCUGGUACACUGUAGUAUCUUCCCUGUUUUUAAAAGGAGAAAGACAUUUUGCUGAAAGUGAGACAUUAGAUCAGCUUCCUCUCACCAAUCCUGAACAUUUUGGGACUCCUGUUAUAGGAAAGAAAACAAACAGGGGAAGGAGAUCCAAUCAUAUUCCUGAAGAAGAAUCUUCAUCCUCUUCCAGCGAUGAAGAUGAAGACGAUAGGAAACAAAGUGAUGAGUUAUUAGGAAAAGUUGUAUGUGUGGACUGCUUAAGUGUGGAUAAAAAGAAAGCCUUGUGGUUUCCAGCCUUGGUGGUUUGUCCAGAUUGUAGUGAUGAUAUUGCAGUGAAAAAAGACAAUAUUCUCGUUCGCUCUUUCAAGGAUGGCAAAUUCGUUUCUGUGCCCAGAAAAGAUGUUCGGGAAAUUAGUGAAACUUCACCAAAGCCUGAUGCUUUAUUAAAGCAAGCUUUUGACCAAGCCCUUGAAUUCCGUAAAAACAGAACUGUUCCUAGUAACUGGAAAACAGAACUGAAAGAAGACAGUUCCAGCAGUGAAGCUGAAGAGGAGGAAGAAGACGAAAAAGAAAAAGAGGAUAACAGCAGUGAAGAAGAGGAGGAAAUAGAGCCUUUUCCGGAAGAGAGAGAGAACUUUCUUCAGCAAUUGUACAAGUUUAUGGAAGACAGAGGGACUCCUAUUAAUAAACGACCUGUACUAGGAUACAGAAAUUUGAAUCUCUUCAAAUUAUUUAGACUUGUACACAAGCUUGGAGGAUUUGAUAAUAUUGAAAGCGGAGCAGUGUGGAAGCAAGUUUAUCAGGAUCUUGGAAUCCCUGUGUUGAAUUCAGCUGCAGGGUACAAUGUUAAAUGUGCAUAUAAAAAAUAUCUCUAUGGCUUUGAAGAAUAUUGUACAUCGGCCAGUAUUGAGUUUCAGAUGGCAUUGCCGGAGAAAGUGACAGGCAAGCCUUGUAAAGACUGUGAAAAAGAAAAAGAAAUGAAGAUGCGUGAAGAUCCAGAGCAGGAUGUAAAAGAAAUCAAAGCGGAUAAGGAGGAGCACAACCAGGAAGAAGUAGCGAUAGUACAAGAAGAAGAAAAAAAGCUGUCUGAGAAUGAUGAUGAAUGUAAAGAAAAUGAUAAGCCCACCAUUCUGGGAAACAAAAAAAAUUUGCCAGAAACUGUGUAUACUCAGCCUGAUCAAGAAAAGGACUUAAAUGUUAUCAAAACCGAAGAUGAAACCAAACUGGAAGAUAAAGAGGAAGAAAAGGUUAAAGAACCGGAAAAUCCUACCAGAAAUGCAGAGGCUGAAGAAAAAGAAAAAUCAGGAGAUGACACGAAUAAGGAAGAAGAUGAAGAUGAAGAAGAAGCAGAGGAGGAGGAAGAGGAGGAGGAGGAGGAAGAAGACAACAAUAACAAUGAGGAAGAAGAGUUUGAAUGCUAUCCACCAGGCAUGAAAGUCCAAGUGCGGUAUGGAAGAGGGAAAAAUCAAAAAAUGUAUGAAGCUAGUAUUAAAGAUUCUGACAUCGAAGGUGGAGAAGUCCUUUACUUGGUGCACUACUGUGGAUGGAAUGUGAGGUAUGAUGAAUGGAUAAAGGCAGACAAGAUAGUGAGACCAGCUGAUAAAAAUGUGCCAAAAAUUAAGCAUCGAAAGAAAAUAAAGAAUAAAACUGACAAAGAGAAGGACGAGAAGUACUCUCCUAAAAACUGUAAAUUGCGACGUUUGUCAAAACCACCCUUUCACACCAGCGCAUCACCAGAGACUGGGUCCAAACUUGAUAGCACAGAAGCCAAAAGUUCUGAACAAGCUCCAGUUAAAUCUAUAGAAAUUACUUCUAUCCUUAAUGGGCUACAAGCUUCUGAAAGUUCUGAUGAUAGUGAGCAGGAAGAUGACCAAAGUGCCCAGAAUGUACAUGCUGAUGGCAAAGAGGAAUCUCAAGAUGACGCUAUGAGCCAAGAUAAAAAUGAACUCUGUCUGAAGGAAGAACAGAGCAACUCAUCCCUCCCAGAGGAAACUAAAGCUCUGACAGAUGUAGUAGUGCCCAAGUCAGGAUCCAAGUCUCCAGAAAGACUGCGAAAAGAGCUGGAAGAAUUAUCUGAAGAUACUGACUCUGAUGGAGAAGAUGAAACCGCAAAGAAGAGAAAGGAGGUAAAAAAGGAAAUAGUUGAUAAAACAGCAAAAACACAGGUAAAACGUGGUAAACGAAGAUACUGCGUUGCAGAGGAAUCUUUAAAGACUGUGUCACCUAACAGAAAGGAUGAGAAGUCCAAAAGCAAAGACUCCCUUAGUUUAGAAAACAGCAGUAACAGCUCCUCAGAUGAAGACGAGGAGGACAAAUCUAAACUGAAAAUCACUCCCACUAAAAAGUACAAUGGAUUAGAGGAGAAAAGGAAGUCUUUACGGACAAGUACUUUCUACUCAGGAUUUUCUGAAGUAGCAGAGAAAAGGAUAAAGCUUCUAAAUAACUCUGAUGAAAGACUUCAGAAUACCAGAGCUAAGGAUCGAAAAGAUGUCUGGUCAAGUAUUCAGGGACAAUGGCCAAAGAAAACACUGAAGGAACUGUUCUCAGAUUCCGACACUGAAGCUGCUGCCUCCCCUCCACACGCUGCCGCUGAGGACACUGCAGCAGAGGAGCAGCUUCAGACUCUUGCAGAAGAAGAUGUUUCUUUGCCUAGCUCUGAACUUGAAAAACCUUUGCCAGCUAGUGUAGACGUUAAACCUGUUGAGGAGAAACCAACUGAAAUGGGUGAAAAGAAAGUUGAAUUUCCGAGCAGUGGGAGUAAUUCAGUGCUAAAUACUCCUCCUACAACACCUGAAUCACCUUCAUCUGUAACCGUAACGGAAUCCAGUAGACAUCAAUCCAGUGUCACUGUCUCUGAGAUGUUACCGCCAAAUCAAGAAGAGAUACGAAGCAUUAAAAGUGAAACUGAUAGCACAAUAGAGGUGGAUAGCGUUGCAGGGGAGCUGCAAGACCUGCAGUCUGAGGGAAAUAUUUCUCCAACAGGUUUUGAUGCCAGCGUCAGCUCCAGUAGUAGUAAUCAGCCAGAGCAUUCUGAAAAAGUCUGUACAGGCCAAAAAAGACUUAAAGAUGCUCAGGGAGGAGGCAGCUCUGCAAAAAAGCAGAAAAGAAGUCACAAAUCUUCUGUGAACAACAAAAAGAAGAGUAAAACUACAAACAGCAGUGAUAGCGAAGAACUAUCUGCUGGUGAAAGUGUGUCCAAGUCUCAGCCAGCAAAAUCGGUUUCAACUGGCAUGAAAUCUCACCAAACCAAAUCACCUGCAAGAACACAAUCUCCAGGAAAAUGUGGGAAAAAUGGAGAGAAGGAAUCUGAUCUCAAAGAACAGAAUAAUCGUUUGCCCAAAGUUUACAAAUGGAGUUUUCAAAUGUCUGACUUGGAAAAUUUGACAAGUGCAGAGCGCAUAACAGUUCUUCAAGAAAAAUUGCAGGAAAUCAGGAAACACUACCUGUCCUUAAAAUCUGAAGUGGCUUCCAUUGAUCGAAGAAGAAAGCGCUUAAAGAAAAAGGAACGGGAAAGUGCUGCUACUACAUCAUCUUCUUCCUCAUCACCUUCUUCUAGUUCCAUUACAGCUGCGGUUAUGUUAACUUUAGCAGAACCAUCUAUGUCAAGUUCAUCACAAAAUGGAAUGUCAGUUGAGUGCAGGUGACAGCAGGACUUGCCAAAGCACUUUGCACUUAAUGGCUGCUGAGGGCCACUUUUUUUUUUCUUUUUUUUCUUCUUUUUUUUUUAUACUGCACAGUGGCACAAAAUUCAGACAAGCACUAUUUUGUAUUUAAAGUUGUUUCUUGACAAGCUAACUUUGCACUUAAGUGCACUUUUAUGAA